CUUCUCCUGGAAGGGGGCUGUGGAAAGCUCAGCCAGGACCGUGGUGGUGUGGGGAGCGGGGCUGUGGGAAGGGCCGAUCCCGCGGGAUUUGCCAAGGCCGUGCUGGCACAUCUCCCUCUCUCUGUGCCAGGUUUCCCUGUCUUUGCCUGGAAGGGAGAGUCUGAGGAUGAUUUCUGGUGGUGCAUCGACCGCUGUGUCAACGUGGAGGGCUGGCAGCCCAACAUGAUCCUGGAUGAUGGGGGAGAUCUCACUCACUGGAUCUACAAGAAAUAUCCCAACAUGUUUAAGAAGAUCAAGGGGAUAGUGGAGGAGAGUGUGACAGGAGUCCACAGGCUGUACCAGCUGUCCAAGGCAGGCAAGCUCUGUGUCCCAGCCAUGAACGUCAAUGACUCGGUCACGAAGCAGAAGUUUGACAACCUGUACUGCUGCCGGGAGUCCAUCCUGGACGGCCUUAAGAGGACGACGGACAUGAUGUUCGGAGGGAAGCAGGUGGUGGUUUGUGGCUAUGGGGAGGUAAGAGGGCCCCGUUUUCCAGGGGGGAGGAAUCCUUGGCACUUGGCUCUUCCCACGUGGAUUUUUCCAUCCUCGGGGAUUUGUCUGCACCUGCACCUUCAAACCCGAGGGCUCGGCCAAAAACUGAAGGUUUUCCUAAUUGCCAGUGUGUUUCUUUAUUAUGGAGGAGAUGCCAAAGCUGGAUCUUAACUGGCACGAGGAUUAAAUAUUCAGAAUAUCUUUAAUGUCUAAAUACUGGCAUAUCCAGGGAUUAAUACAUCACACAGGGAUGUAUCUUUUAUAUUAUAUAUUAUAUUUAAGAUAAUAUUACAACAUUCAGAGGUUCUGCACAGCGUUGCAUGUUGAUGCGUGGUCAAGGAAAAGAAGUUAUU